CUGCUUUCCUGCCUCUUCUUCAAACGACAUACUAUAUAUUACAGAAGACGACUCUCUGAAUCGUUACCGCAUUGCACCCAUGACGAAGAGGAAGAAGCAUCUCUCCUCCAUUGCCUCCGACCUCCUCCACAGAUGUGCCCAGCAGCUGGAUACGUCAGUUGAUGCAUUACUGGAAGAAUUUGAGAAGUUAUGGAAUCCCGAAAUGGGCGACUAUUCAAAGAAGUUAGUGGAGUUCUGCUGCUCAAGGGCUCUUAGUAGAAUGUGUUGCAACGUAGAAGUACUUAUUAACAAUGGGGUGUUCAGCCGGUUCACGUUUGAUAUGAUGCUCGCUUUGGAGAUGCCUAACUCUGAAGAUGAAGAGUCAUACACGGAGAGCAUAGCGAAAGAAAAAGAGGAAAGGAUCUCUACACAGGCAAUUGCAGAACAAGAUGACAUCCCUCUUUUCUACACGGACCUCAUGCCACUCCUAAACAUGGUUGAUGAUGGGCCAGGCGUAGGAGAAGAUGCGUUCGUGUGGUUGGGAACACUAGUUCCAUUAGAUUGUGAUGUGGUUAAUGGGAGAUUUACUUUUGAAACUCUGACUGCAUCGACAGCAGGCCGACUGCACUUCCCCGCUUAUGACAAGUACUUGAAAGAAAUCAACAAAUGCAUGAAAAAUUUACAAAAUCAAGCAAAACCAAAAGGUGUAGAAUUGGCAGACGAUGAGUUUAUACUGCAUGUUGAGGGAACCGCAAGCACACAGAGGGUAAUCCGUCAUAUUGGAGGAACAAGUUGGCCUGGUAGGCUCACUCUAACCAAUUAUGCUCUCUACUUUGAGGCCAAGGCAGUAUUAUCAUAUGAAGAUGCAAUUAAACUCGACCUUUCAAAGAACGUGGAACAGAGAGUGAAGCCAGCGGCUACAGGCCCAUUUGGUGCUCCCAUCUUCGACAAGGCCAUAGUCUAUGAGUCUGCAGACUUGCAAGAGCCUGUUGUACUGGAAUUCCCAGAGAUAACAAGCUCCACUAGACGCGAUCAUUGGCUUGCUCUCAUAAAGGAGGUUAUUUUAUUGCACCAGUUUUUGUAUAAAUAUGACAUCAAAUCUCCUACACAAGCAUGGGAGAUGCAUGCGAGGACCAUCUUAGGGGUUAUAAGGCUCCAUGCGGCUAGAGAAAUGCUUGCACUAUCUCCUCCUGAUCCCAAAAGUUUCUUGAUAUUCGCAUUGUACGAUGAGUUGCCCAAGGGGGACUAUGUAUUGGAGCAGCUUGCUGACAGUUUGAAGAAGCUUGAUAGCGGGCAGCCGUGUAGCGCUAGCUCAAUUUUAAGGUGUAUGAAUGUCUCUCAACCUGUUGUCGCGAUUACUGAGGUGGAAGGUGGUGUGGGGGAAGGGAUAAAUGUAAGCGGCCAAGUUGAAGAUCUAUCGUUGUUGGAGAGUGCCAUCAAUCAAGUCAGAGAGGAAACAAAAGAAAUCGAAGUCGCAAAAGCUACUACUGAGGGGCUAAAAGAGGAAGGAAUAAGUGACAGUAUCCUUGUUGUCAUGGAGCUGUUGAAGCCGCUUAAAAAUGUUGUACCUUGGUUUCAAGAAAUCCUAACAUGGCAAAGACCAGCAACCACCGUCGUCGUGAUGGGCACAUCUCUCCUCGUCGUUUACAAUGAGUGGGUCGGAAAGGCACUAGCUGUUUUCUUGCUUUGGGUGGUGGCAAAGUUGAUUCAGGCAAGAAAACAAGGAACCGGAAACAAGAGUGACAAGAUAGUUAUCUGCAACUCCUCUGACCAGACAACAAUGGAAAACAUAGUAUCAGCACAACAUGGAUUGAGGACUACACGUGAAAUGGUCCAGUUAGCAAAUAUUUCGAUAUUGAAAAUCUAUUCAAUAUUGCUCGGAAAGGCCCCCAAGCAUACGGAUACAGUAAUAAUGGUUUCGACUGGAUUGGCAGUCAUAUUAGCAGUGGUUCCAUUCAAAUACAUCCUUAUGGCACUUAUAUUGUAUUGCUUCACAAUGACAUCAAAAGUGGGGAAGCACAUCGAGAAGCACGUCCCAAGCGAAAAAGGGAAUCGACGGAUAAAGGAAUGGUGGGACUCUAUUCCUGUAGUUUCUGUGGAAAUUGUGGACAAGGGAAGUUGCCCCCAACCCGAUAGCCCUACAUAAUUUCAGGGCCGAUUUGGAAUGGUUUUUUUGCAAAUUGGGAUACAAUGCUUAGUUUGGUUAGGAGUAUUCGGUUACAGAACUAUACGUAGUGCAAACAUAGUUAUGAUGUUAUAUGUUGUUAGAUACGAACAAUUUUCGUCGUGGUACUGUUGUGACGAUUAUACGUAGUGUAGUGUCAUUAUUUUGGUAUAAAUGCAUGUUUUUAA